AUCAAAAUUCUCAAAUAACCUUAAAAAAACCCACCUUAAUAAUAUACUUAAUCACUCAUAAUUAAUCCUCAAAUCUCCAACUAAUGAACUAUAUUCAUUAUUCACUCACACUCUUCUAGUCUUGUUCAUUCUCCCUCUUCAUUUAACAAGGCCACAACACUACAAAGCUUCGAAUCUUUCACUCUCAUUCUCAUUCUAAUUCUCUCUCUUUCUUUCAACAUCUUUCUUCCUUUCUUCUUAUGUAAUGUAACCAUCAUUCUCCAUUAAUUCCACUUAUUUCUUUUCAUUUUUCCUUCAUUUUGUCUACCAACAUCAUAAGAAUGCCUAUGAUCUCUUUUUCUUGUUUCUUUUUCUUCUUUUUUGCCCUUAUAUUGGUGUUAGUCGGAGCUAAUACUGAUGCUAACGAUGUACAAUCACUUCAAGUUUUGUAUGGUGCACUGAACAAUCCUGCUGAGCUUACUGGUUGGAAAUCGAGUGGCGGUGACCCGUGUGUUGAAUCAUGGAAGGGUGUUAAGUGUGAUGGUUCUGCUGUGGUUUCCUUGGACCUUUCUGGGUUAGGAGUAAGUGGUUCAAUGGGAUAUAUGCUUGGAAAUCUUGUCUCAUUAAAGACCUUGGAUUUGAGUAAUAACAAUAUACAUGAUGCUAUUCCAUUUCAACUGCCACCCAAUCUUACAUCCUUAAAUCUAGCUCACAAUAAUCUGAGUGGUAACCUACCAUACUCCCUUGUAACUAUGACUGCACUUUCUUAUUUGAAUGUUAGUGGUAACGCACUCGCACAGCCAAUCCAAGAUGUAUUUGCUAAUCAUACAGCCCUUGCAACCCUAGAUCUUUCAAACAAUAAUUUUUCUGGAGAUAUUCCCAGUUCUUUUAGUUCCUUGUCCAAUCUCUCAACACUCGAGGUUCAAAAUAAUCAGUUGACUGGUUCUCUUUCUGUUCUCGUUACCCUGCCGUUGGAUAACCUGAAUGUUGCAAAUAACCACUUCACCGGUUGGGUACCCGAGGAACUCAAGUCAAUACCCAGUUUUAUUUAUGAUGGUAACUCAUUUGACAAUGGUCCAGCUCCUCCACCACCACCGUUCACCCCACCUCCUCCAGGAACACCUGCAAAAAGAAAGCACAAAGGUUCGAGAGGUACUGAUGAAUCGCCUGCGAGUCCUGAAAGAGAGAAUUCUCACGAACAGAAGAAAUCGUCAUCAGUUGGAACUGUCAUUGGGGUAGUUUUAGGCGUUGUAUUCUUGCUUUUAUUUGGUAUCUUGCUUGCCCUUUUGUUUUGCAAGAAAAAAAGGAGAACAAAAGAUGAUGGUGGCCAAUUGUCCUUGCGGGGUGUCUCCAAUGGCAAUGAAAAAGUUGACAUGGAGAUGCAAGAACAGAGUUUUACAGGCACAGCUGCUGUUGCUGAUCUGAAAACCCCACCACCAGAAAGUUUGCUGAUCGAGAAAAUGCAAGGGAAAAAUGGAUCCUUGAAACGAGUCAAGUCCCCUAUUACCGCUACUUCGUAUACAGUUGCUUCUCUUCAGACUGCCACAAACAGCUUUAGCCAAGAAAAUAUUGUUGGUGAAGGUUCACUCGGUCGAGUUUACAAAGCAGAGUUUUCUAAUGGCAAGGUCUUGGCUAUCAAGAAGAUAGAUAACUCAGCACUAUCCUUGCAAGAGGAGGACAAUUUCCUUGAAGCCGUGUCAAAUAUGUCCCGCCUCAGACACCCGAACAUCGUCUCACUGGUUGGAUACUGCACAGAGCAUGCGCAACGACUUUUGGUGUACGAAUACAUUGGGAGCGGGAGUCUGCAUGAUAUGUUACACUUUUCUGAUGAUGGAAGCAAAAGAUUAAAUUGGAAUGCAAGAGUCCGAGUUGCGCUUGGAACGGCCAGAGCUCUAGAGUACUUGCAUGAAGUCUGUAUGCCAUCUGUUGUACAUAGAAAUUUCAAGUCGGCAAAUAUCUUACUUGAUGAUGAAUUUAACCCGCAUCUGUCAGAUUGCGGAUUGGCUGCUCUAAAUCCAAACACAGAAAGACAGGUGUCAACUCAAAUGGUGGGUUCAUUUGGAUACAGUGCUCCAGAAUUUGCUCUAUCUGGAAUAUACACUACCAAAAGUGAUGUAUAUAGCUUUGGGGUGGUGAUGUUGGAGCUUUUGACGGGGCGUAAGCCAUUGGAUAGUUCAAGACCAAGAUCCGAACAAUCUCUUGUAAGAUGGGCUACACCGCAACUGCAUGAUAUAGAUGCCCUUGCCAAAAUGGUUGAUCCUGCACUAAACGGCAUGUAUCCUGCCAAGUCCUUAUCUCGAUUUGCUGACAUCAUUGCGCUAUGUGUUCAGCCCGAGCCAGAAUUCCGACCACCAAUGUCAGAAGUAGUACAAGCAUUAGUCCGGUUGGUUCAGAGGGCAGGAGCUGCAAAAAGACGAUCCAGCGAUGAAUCAGGUUUCGGGUACAAGUCACUUGAUCAUGAAGGAAUCGACAUUUCAUUUUGAAGUCCAAAACUCAAAAUUGUUGGAAAAGUUUUGUUUUAAAACACAAGCCGAGGUGUGUAUACAUGUCCGAGGCCUUGAUGAAGGCAUCGAGAUUCGAGGGCGAGUUUUUACAUGAUUAUCAAUGAAAUCUGUAAUUAGUCUUAAGCAUCGGAACAAAGAUGUCUGAGUAAAUAUAUUUAUCUCGGUGACAAUGUAAAUUUUUCCUUCCAAUAGAUUUACUUGAUGUAAAUUAUGUCUUUUUAUGCUGCAAUUCUACAAAUAUGUGCUGUUUUCUACUUUAUAGUUAAUAAAGAAGUACUUGUGUUAACCCCAA